AGUGAAAAUCUUUUUCAGUCGCAUGGGUAUGCAUCGCAUUCACACGCCUUCUUUGAAUCAAGUAGUUUCGUUCGACGAGUAUAUUACUCUAGUGGUAGGUAGUAUAGCAAAUUUGAAUUUGUGAGUAAAAACAAGUAUGGAAGUAGACGGAGAGCCGCUGCCGCAAUUCACCUUUGAGGAUAGCCAAACGCAAGUCGAGAUAAAAGACAUUGCGAAACAUGGCGUUGUUAUAUCUAUACCUGCGGUUUACGUUAGUUGCUCAGAAACGGUGCCUGACCGAGCGACCGCUAAUCUUCGAGUCAUCGACUAUCAAGAAUUGGAAUCUCUCGUUUCGCACGCGUUGUCCAUCGAGACUGCUACUACCCACGAUGAUCAAAUAAUGUUAAGCAAACAAUUCGUAUCAGGAAUAACGAGUCAUCAGAAACCCGAUGCCACGACACAACAAAUGGUCAAUAUCAUUGAGUUGAUUAGUGCAAUAGUGCGAGACAAAGUUGCUGUACUCGACACAGAGUUUAUCGAUUCCUCGACCACCGGAAUUUCAUUCGAUGUCAUUCGCCGUUACAAAAAUAAUAAAACUCAUGGACUGCUGAGCUCGUGCAAAGCUAGCGAGUGGCACGGGGCGUCAUUCUACUCGCAGCUAAAUCCCGAAGAAACACUGCAGGCACGCCAACAUCUCAACGACACGGAUCUCAACCGUAUCUACUAUACGCUACAAUGCUUCGAGCAAACAAUGCUCUUCGAACCGCAACGGGUUUACGACAAAACCAUUAAAAUCACAAAUCUAUGCCUCCUGUACAUGUGUCUCAUUGAACGUUCAAAGGCGGUGCUUAACUUAUGCUCAAAUGACUUGAAAAACAAUCUAUUGGGAUUCACUAUUGACAUGAUAAUUCGCAGUCGUGUUAUUGGCGCUUGGAGAAAAUCACGCUGCGGCAAUACGCUGCUUAACGAUAUUGGCGUUAAUUACAACAAUUCCAAUCCACUAGUGAUGAUUUGUCGAUUGGAAACUGCGCGCGACCGUGCCAACUGUAUUAUCGAGCUACUCUCUAAUAACCCAAAAACUAAACAUAUAGCAACGCGGCUCUCGUACGAUGAGUAUCAAAGAGCGCUAAGCCAAACCACCCAAACUAUCAAUGGCAACGAAUACUUUGUUCUCGAUUCAAAAUUCAUAACGUCAGUAGUCGCGUUACAGGGAUUCGCAGCAUUGAAUCAAGUGUAUGCAUUCACUCAAGAUGACUGAUUUUAAACGUGCAUAUAUUAUUUUU